ACACGGCAAGACCACCCUCCUGCGUCACAUCCAGUCGAGAGCGCUCAACAUUCCUCCAAACAUUGACGUUCUUUACUGUGAACAGGAAGUUAUUGCGGACGACACACCUGCCAUUGAUGUGGUUCUCCAAGCGGACCAGAAGCGCCUGGACCUCAUCAAGCGGAGGGACCAGCUAGAGGCCGACAUGAAGAAGAAGAGCAAAAACGUGGACAUGGAUGAGCUUCAGGAGGUUUAUGACGAGCUCAAGGCCAUUGAUGCCGAUAAGGCUGAGCCCAAGGCCAGGAGAAUCUUAGCUGGUCUGGGCUUCACACGAGAAAUGCAGGGGCGUGCCACCAAAAACUUCUCUGGAGGCUGGCGUAUGAGAGUUUCUCUAGCCAGGGCCCUCUUCAUCGAACCCACACUGCUCAUGCUUGACGAACCUACCAACCACUUGGAUCUCAAUGCCGUCAUCUGGCUUGAUAACUACCUGCAGGGAUGGAAGACCUUGGUAGUCUCUACGACCAGUCUUUCUCGACACGUGUGCACAGACAUUAUUCACUUAGACCAGCAUAAACUUCAUUACUAUAAGGGAAAUUAUUCUAUGUUCAAGAAGAUGUUGGUGCAAAAGAGAAGAGAGCAACUGAAGGCCUACGAAAAGCAAGAGAAGAGAAUCAAGGAGAUGAAGUCUUCAGGAGCCACUAAGAAACAAGCUGAAAAGAAGUCGAAGGAAGCGCUGACUCGCAAGCAGGAGAAGAACAGGGCCAAGAGCAAGAAGAACGACGACGAGGACGGCCCCACGGAGUUGUUAGAGAAGCCGCAGGAGUACAUAGUGAAGUUCAAGUUCCCAGAGCCGCCCCCGUUGCAACCUCCAAUCCUCGGUCUUUAUAAUGUUAGCUUUUGGUACCCCGGCCACAAGCCCUUGUUUAAGGAAGUCGACUUCGGUAUCGACAUGGAUAGCAGAGUGGCCAUUGUCGGCCCUAAUGGAGUGGGUAAGUCAACGUUCUUGAAGCUGCUGGUGAGCGACCUAACUCCCAUGGAGGGCGAGGUGCGCAAGAACCACCGCCUCAAGAUCGGCCGCUACGAUCAGCACUCCGGCGAGCACCUGACGGCUGAGGAAUCGCCUUCCGAGUAUCUCAUGCGUCUGUUCAACCUGCAGUACGAGAAGGCGAGGAAGGCUUUGGGCACGUUUGGACUGGCAUCCCACGCACACACACCAUCAAGAACAAGGACUCGGGGAGGGCGCGUGGCCCUGGCUGAGCUCUGCCUCUCCUCGCCCGACGUCCUCAUCCUCGACGAGCCCACCAACAACCUCGACAUCGAGAGCAUCGACGCCCUCGCGGAGGCCAUCAGCGACUUCCAGGGCGGCGUGAUCAUCGUGUCUCACGACGAGCGCCUCAUCCGUGACACCGACUGCACGCUGUGGGUCAUCGAGGAGCAGACCAUCAACGAGAUCGACGGCGGCUUCGACGAUUACCGCAAGGAGCUGCUCGAGGAACUGGGCGAGGAAAUCAACAACCCCAGCAUCUCCGCCCACAACGCGGCCGAUUUAUAAACUUGGCAUCUUAGCUAUGUGACCAAGGGCUUUCUUAGGUUUUCUCAUUAUUCGGAGGACGAGGUGAACAGUGAACUUUGCGGUGGUAUUAUAUAUAUAUAUUAUUUUUCUCAGAGAGGUGUUACUUUUCUCGAAGAUGUAACGCAUUUCCAGUGACACGCAUGUUAUUCCUGUAAUUAAACCUGUAUAGGAAUAUGUGAAUACGCCACACUAUAUUAUGUAUCUUGUAUUCUAUAAACGAUCGAAACAGAAAUAAAAUAUCUUGCUUUUUAUUGUGUUUUUCAUGAUUUAAGUUGCAUUUACCUGUUAUGCUUAAAAGUCAUGUUUACAGGCAGGAUAUCUUUUAUUAUUUUUGUUUUUUUUAGAUAUUUCUUUUUACUUUAUUCUCGUUUUGGUCUAUUUUUUCAGACCCACUUGGCAUUGCUAAACUGUUGAGAAUUAUCAGCCAGAAUUAUACAAUUAUCAUGAAUUUUAAUUACCUAAUGUAAGUGUAGGUUAUUCUUGCGAAUAUAUUACUUUAAUAAAAUGUGUUGGUCAUAUUUAUUGACUCAUGCCAUUAUGGAAACUCAGAUUCCGGUCCAAAAUAAUCAGCCAUUGUGUAUAUACAGUUAUGAAUAAUGUUAAGGUCCAUUAUUUUGUUAUUAAAAAGACAUACAA